UUCAUUUAUUAGGAACAAGAAACAAGAACAUGGUGAAGGACGGAGAUCCAAGAACAAAAGCCAUUACAUCUUCAUCUUCAUCAUCAUCAUCAUCAUCAAACUCAUCAACAUCAUUACGUGAAUCAGAAACAGAAGACUUGCAACGUAUGCCAUUGGUGCCAUCACCAUUGAUGAAAAACAAGAGAUGUUUAUCCAAGCAGUUAUCAAUGUGUGAGACGUCCCGGGACAUUGCUUGGGAGAGAAGGCGCCGCCAGAUUCUUCGCCAGGAGAGGGGAAAGAAUGGAAUUAUUGUAACUAAUGGCUUGACUGAUGAAGACCUGCAUGAACUUAAAGGGUGCAUAGAACUUGGAUUCGGAUUCAAAGAGGAAGAAGGUCAACAACUCUGCAACACAUUGCCUGCUUUAGACCUUUAUUUUGCUGUAAACCGUCAGCUUUCUCCUAGUCCAGUUUCAACCCCUCAAAGCGGAGGUUCAUCCUUCACAUCAUCACUUGGUGGCUGGUCAUCCUCUUUUGGAAGUCCUCGGAGUGAGCCAGAUUGGAAAAUUUGCAGCCCAGGGGAUAAUCCUCAGCAAGUGAAGACUAAGCUAAGGCAUUGGGCGCAGGCUGUGGCAUGUUCUGUGAUGCAGUCAUCUUGAAGUGUGGGAUGUCUU